CGGGGAAACUGGUCCGGGAAAUUGGAUUUCUUUAUGUCCUGUGUGGGCUAUGCUGUUGGUUUGGGAAAUAUCUGGAGAUUUCCAUAUCUUUGUUUUAAAAAUGGCGGCGGUGCCUUUCUCAUACCGUAUGUUAUCAUGCUACUCAUUGCUGGUUUACCGCUUUUCUUUUUUGAGUUGGGAUUUGGCCAGUUUGCUUCACUUGGACCCAUAGCAAUUUGGAAUAUUAAUCCACUAUUUAGAGGUAUUGGUUUUGGGAUGAUAGCUAUAUCUGCCAUGGUGUGUAUAUACUAUAAUGUAGUUAUAACUUACGCCAUGUUUUACUUAUUGGUAUCGUUGAUUUCAAUGGACGGUCGUCUACCUUGGACCACCUGUGAUAACGAUUGGAAUACUGAAUAUUGUCUCUCUAAACCUUUACCGUCUUUAACGAAUCUCACUGAUGUUCAGAAACUCAACGCGACAAUGGGAUUAACAAUGGAUGAUCUAACAUAUAAUCUUUCCAUUACUAAUCUCUCAACCUGUAAUAUUAAACAUCUAUUUAAACUACCAAGUGAGGAAUAUUUUACUCGAUUUGUUCUUCAGUUACACGAAGCUGAAAAUUUCAGUAAUAUUGGUGGAAUCAGUUUAAAGUUAAUAUUUAUCUUAGCUAUAUCAUGGAUUCUAUUGUUCUUCUGUUUGAAAAAAGGAGUGAAAACGUCAGGCAAGGUUGUGUAUUUUAUGGCAACGUUUCCCUACGUCAUAUUAAUCAGUUUGUUUAUACGUGGAUUGUCUCUAGAAGGUCAUAUGGAAGGGAUCAAAUUUUACAUCAUACCAGAAUGGGAAAGACUUCUCGACGUCGAUGUCUGGAGAUUAGCAGCUACCCAGAUAUUUUACUCCCUCGGACCUGCGUUUGGAAGUUUAAUUAUGAUGUCCAGUUUUAACCCUUUCAGACACAAUUGUCACAGAGAUGCUAUUAUUGUUUCAUUUAUCAACUGUUUUACCAGUGUUUUUGCUGGUUUUAUUAUUUUCUCAGUACUGGGUUUUAUGGCACAUAAUACCAAUCAAAGGGUACAAGAUGUAGCAGUAGACGGUCCAGGAUUAGUAUUUAUUGUUUAUCCUGAAGGAAUAGCUCAUAUGCCUGGUGCUCCUAUUUGGGCUUUUCUGUUCUUCUUUAUGUUGGUUGCUCUAGGUUUGGACAGUCAGUUUGCCAUGUUUGAAGCAAUUAUCAGUGCUAUUAUUGAUACUUUUCCACAUUUCCUUCGACCAAGACGAACAAAAUUUGCUAUGUUGUGCCAUUUUAUUGGAUUUUUAUUGGGGAUACCCCUUGUUACGAAGGGCGGUAUAUGGGUAUUAACAUUAAUGGAAUGGUAUUCAGCCAGUUUUGCUUUAAUGAUAGUUUGUUUAUCAGAAUUAAUUGCUGUUGUAUGGAUAUACGGUUUAAAGAAUUUCUGUGCUGAUUUGAAUCUAAUGCUUGGUUUUGAACCAGCUAUUUACUGGAAAGCUACAUGGUUAGUUAUAACACCAGUUGCUAUUGUCCUUAUGUUGAUACUGUCAGCCAUUCAGAGUAGUCCAGCAUCGUAUGGUGAUUAUGUGUUCGAACCCUGGGUUCAGUCAGUAGGAUGGGCAAUGGUUGCUAUACCAUUAGUCUUACUUGACAAACCCUUUCGAUCAUUUUUUAAAACACUGUUACAGGGUAUUAAGAAUGCUAUGAAACCAACAAAAGAAUGGGGACCAGCUAAACUAGAACACAGAACGGGUAAAUACGCCAACAUU